CGGCCGGGCGCGAAGCUGCGAGGACGCGUCGGGCUGCGCGGCGGCCCCAGAGGACGGCGCCGCGGGCCGAGGAUGCUCCGUGGCUGCCGCGCCGGCGCCCGUCUCCCGUGACCGCGGCACCGCGCCCGAGGCGCUCGCGACGGGCGGCCGCCGUCCCCGGAGCUGACAGCGCGAGAGAGCGCGGCCGCGAACGGGACGAAUGCACGACGACAUGUCCACAAUGGUGUACAUAAAGGAAGACAAGCUGGAGAAGCUGACCCAGGAUGAAAUCAUCUCCAAGACGAAGCAGGUGAUCCAGGGCCUGGAGGCGCUCAAGAACGAGCACAACUCCAUCCUGCAGAGCCUGCUGGAGACGCUCAAGUGUCUCAAGAAAGAUGACGAGAGCAACCUGGUGGAGGAGAAGUCCAACAUGAUCCGCAAGUCGCUGGAGAUGCUGGAACUCGGCCUGAGUGAGGCGCAGGUCAUGAUGGCUUUGUCCAAUCACCUCAAUGCCGUCGAGUCCGAGAAGCAGAAGCUGCGGGCCCAGGUGCGCCGCCUGUGCCAGGAGAACCAGUGGCUGCGGGACGAGCUGGCCAACACGCAGCAGAAGCUGCAGAAGAGCGAGCAGUCUGUGGCCCAGCUGGAGGAGGAGAAGAAGCACCUGGAGUUCAUGAACCAGCUCAAGAAGUACGACGAUGACGUCUCCCCGUCGGAGGACAAAGAUGCUGAUUCCAGCAGAGAGCCUCUGGACGAUCUUUUCCCCAAUGAGGAGGACGACCCGGGGCAAGGAAUCCAGCAGCGGCAUAGCAGCGCGGCUGCGGCGGCCCAGCAGGGCGGGUAUGAGAUCCCUGCACGGCUGCGCACCCUGCACAACCUGGUGAUCCAGUACGCCUCGCAGGGCCGCUACGAGGUGGCCGUGCCGCUCUGCAAGCAGGCACUCGAGGACCUGGAGAAGACGUCAGGCCACGACCACCCUGACGUGGCCACCAUGCUCAACAUCCUGGCCCUGGUGUACAGAGAUCAGAACAAGUACAAAGACGCGGCCAACCUGCUCAACGACGCCCUGGCCAUCCGGGAGAAGACCCUGGGCAAGGACCACCCUGCGGUGGCGGCGACCCUGAACAACCUGGCCGUGCUUUAUGGUAAAAGAGGGAAGUACAAGGAAGCCGAACCGCUGUGCAAGAGAGCCCUGGAGAUCCGAGAGAAGGUUUUGGGCAAGGACCACCCCGAUGUGGCCAAGCAGCUGAACAACUUGGCCUUGCUGUGCCAGAACCAGGGCAAGUACGAGGAGGUGGAACACUACUACCAGAGGGCGCUCGAGAUCUACCAGACCCAGCUGGGCCCCGACGACCCCAACGUGGCCAAGACCAAGAACAACCUGGCCUCCUGUUACCUGAAGCAAGGAAAGUUCAAGCAGGCCGAGACGCUGUACAAGGAUAUCCUCACGCGUGCGCACGAGAGAGAGUUUGGCUCCGUGGACGGCGAGAACAAGCCCAUCUGGAUGCACGCUGAGGAGCGAGAAGAGAGCAAGGGGAAGCAGAAGGCUGGAGCGGCUUUUGGGGAGUAUGGCGGCUGGUACAAAGCCUGCAAAGUUGACAGUCCUACAGUCACCACCACUCUGAAAAACCUCGGAGCUCUUUACAGACGCCAAGGGAAGUUUGAAGCCGCUGAGACACUGGAGGAAGCGGCCAUGAGGUCACGCAAGCAGGGUCUUGACAGUGCCCACAAGCAGAGAGUGGCCGAAGUGCUGAGUGACCCUGAGAACAUGGAGAAGCGCCGGAGCCGGGAGAGCCUCAACAUGGACGUGGUCAAGUACGAGAGCGGCCCUGACGGAGGGGAGGAAGUGAGUAUGAGCGUAGAGUGGAACGGGAUGAGGAGAACGAAGCUCGGGCUGGUUAAAUGACCUGCUCCGCGCCCACGGUGAGUCCCAGCGGCCAGCUCGGGGCCCCUGGGUCCGUGGCCAGCGGCGCCCUGGGGGCCGGAGAGGCGUCUGCAUGUCUCCCACGUGCUGUCAACCUGUGAGGCCUCAGGUCCCUGCGGUGGCCGCCGCUUCGUGCCGUCAGCAGGUGGCAGCCAGCCUGGCCCGAGUCCCGCCGGUGGCCGCGUGCUCUGGAUUGGAGCCGUGCGUGUGCGGUUGCCAGAGCCCUGUUGGUUCCUGCCCCCCGCCCCCAAGCCUGUGAGCUCCACUUCUCCGAGGGCUGGCCAGCCGCAGGGCCUGUGUCCCGCUGGGCUGGUGGACGCAGGCACAGGUGACCCCGGGGCUGGACCCAGGCAGAGCACGUGGAGCCCCAGCCCCCUGUGAGCCGGGCUAGGUGGGUGGUACCCUCUGCCCUCCUCGCUGUGUUUCACCUCUCUCUCCCUCUCCCUCUCUCUCUCUCUCCCUCCCUCUCCCUCUCUCUCGUUUCUGUCUGACAGGCCUGGCCGCCCGUGUGCCUCUCCCGCCGCUCCUGCAUGCCGGGCGGCGCCUGCUCCAGCUCCCUUCUCUGCAGUGCUGCGCGUGUCUAGACUCCCCAGGACCGUCAGCGCUGCACCUCUGUCACUGGCCGUUCCUCUCGGUGCUGCUGUCCCGGGGGUCCUGAUCUCUAUAAACAUGUAGCUUUGCAGAGGUGUACUUAGGAGUAUAAGCUUACUAAUAAAAUACACUGACCGUGUGCUCCGUGAGUUUAAGCAGGAAGAGCCUCGAGCUGUCCCCUGUAGCAGGUAGUAGGUGUCCCCGCAGUGUGCCCGUGGCAUGAGGUGACCGUCAGUGCUGGCGCGGACCAGGCUCGUACUGCACGUGAGCUUAGAGCUUAGCGCCCACGGCGUGGGGCUGCGCGCCUGGCGCUCGCUGUGUAGUCUUCGUGUGGAAUUUGGGCAGCUCAGCUUCUCUCUGCUGGUCUUGCAGUGCUCAGUGGUUGUAUUUGUGUCUUUCUAACUUCUAAUAAACUCACUCCGGCUGACCUGUGUCUCGUGUCUGCUUCCCAGCACCUCGCGCUCCCGGGCUGCCCUGGUAACCCUACUAAGUGACUGAGAAUAAAGUUCCUGGGGCACUUCCUCCCACCGGGGUCUGACUUCCACAUUCAGAUGCCGCCGAGUGUUCACGUCGCACACUCGCAGAGUCAGGCGGCGGUUCUUGACCUGCAGCUGUCUCGGGCUUUUCGUUAUUUGCACAAAAUGCGCGUUCAUUUAACUUUCCAGCCAUGUUUGCAGCCACCAUUUAGUGAGAGUGUGCGUUCCCCGAGGGCUGCAUCAGAUGGCACUGUCGUGCCCGGGCUCCAAGGGCCCAGGUGCCAGCUCGGGGUCGUUGAGACCCCCAGGAGCAGCUGUGUUGCGGGGCUGUGGUCUCCAGGAAGGCCUCGGAGUCCGUCUGCGCCGCGGGCUUUUUCACGCCGUGCCGCGUGGCUUCGUGGCCCUGGGAUGGGCUCCCUGCUGUCUGGAGCCACCAGUGCCUGGUCAGCCGGCUCAUCGGCGGGUCGCAGGGGCCGCCACUCUGGGUGCAGCUUCCAUGCUAGGCAGGGCACCGGG